AUCAUAUAUGCAACAUAUUAUCUCCAUUUUGAAUCACUGCUGAUCAGGUCUGAGGUUGACAAUGCUCAGCUCCUUGCAAGCAAAUCAACUGACAGGCCACUCUUGCACUAGACUCCAGCCUAAACUUCCCCUAUGUAAGCCAUCGCUCAGAUCUGGCUCCACAGCAUCCCGAGAAACGUCGCUAAGGAGGAGCGCACAAUGGAUGGUGAAGACGAGGGCGUCGACUCAAGAUAGCUCAGCAGCUGCGGACUCGCAAACGCUCGCAACCGACGUCCCCUCCGCUGAAUCAACUUCCAGCAGUGCGGAUGGAAAGGACGAUGAGGUGGUCUUUUACGAGGGCCCAGGCUCGAAUGCAGAGCUGAUCCUGAGCCUGAUCCUGCUGCCCACACUGAUCUAUGCGCCCCUAUCCAUCGCCUCCAUUGGUCGACGGCUGUGGAUCAGCUUCAAGUUUACCAACAAACGGCUGGUCAUCACCAACACGUCGCCGCUCUUCAAGCGCACAAUCGAGAUUGCUUACAAGAACAUCAAGGAGAUUCGAAGCGGGCCCCGUGGGUUUGGUCUGUGGGGCGACAUGGUGGUCUUCCUCCGCGACGGCUCACGAAUCGAGUUGACAGGCCUGGAGAAGUACAAAGAGAUCGAGGACCACAUCAACCGGUGCAUUUACACCUUGUAACUAGUGCUCGGUAAUAGCGAAAUGGCGGUGGCCUUCAAAUGAUUGCUUUGGAGGAAGGCAGGCGGUUAGGCCGAGCCCACGGGCGGAGAGCUGGCAGCUGAUUCGCCGGCAAUGCUAGGCUGGGCCAGGGGUUUGCUAUGGGCUGGUUCAGUUUUGGUACAAGUUGGGGCGGCCAUGCAGAAACCCUGAUUUGGAAGGUUACAGGGCCCUGCACGAUCAAUGGCAGAUUUCAGAAAUCCGGGAGACUUCUUACAUUGACUAGGCUUAAGGAUGAAUGGUGAAACGUUUCAAUGCUGCCAAAUGAUGCUGCCUUCUGCAUCUGAGCUGAACUAAGCUGGGCAUGCAGGGCCAAUAAGGCUGCGGUGCUGGAAGGCUCGCAGUUCUAAAGCUGAUAAGAGGUUGUCCUAUGGCGUCGUGUACCACCGAAUGACGUCUCCGGCUGAGGUGUUGUAGCUCUACCCUGAUAAACCAUGUUUUUUCGACGCCACAAGGAGGCGUCGAAGUGGGCCGUGUUUUCAUAUUCUGAACCGCAGGCUAGAAGUGGCGGGGAUGGCACACGCGUACUUUUACCAAAGGAAGUGGUGUGUGAAACGCUUGCGCGGGGUGCCAUCUGGUUAUAUUGGCAAUGCGCAAUUAGUUGUCCGUCUCUCGCUCUCUCUGUUGACGCUCGGGACAGGUGAGGUGAUGGGCACUUUACAAGCAUAUCCAGGCCAGCAGCCGUUAUUGGUCUGGCAGCGAGCAGCAGAGGGCAGUGCGGUACACUCUUCCGACGCCCCGUGCAGGGGUGAGCCUUCGAGGGUCGCGAUUUACAAGUCCAUUUCC